AUGGCAUAUUCUCUUAAAUAUGAAUAUAUUUAUUUUCAUCCUGUUACAGUUGCAUUGAUGGUAAGUGCAGGAGCUUCAUGUAUCUGUUGUUAUCCAAUGGUUUUUUUUUAUGCUGUAAAACAUAAGACAUACCAUUUAAACUUUAAAAUUAUAUGGAAUUUAAUAGGUAUUUGUUUAAGUAUGUUUUCUUUUGGUUUUAUUAUAAUUACUAUUUAUGAUAAAUCAUGUGGAAUUGGGUGUUCAAGCAUACCAGUAUAUAUUUUUUUUAAAAAUUGGGUAUCAUAUUUUCAUAGAACAGAAAGAUGUUUACUUUUAGGAUUACUUUGUGAAAGAUGUUUUGCUUCAAUACUUUAUGAAAUAUAUGAAAAAAAACAAUUACUUUUUGUUUCAAUAGUUAUAUGCCUUAUUUCUUUUUUAUUUGGUGGAUUAUGGUUUAUUCUUUCAUUUAUAAAUAUAAUUAAUGAUAUGAUAAAUGUAGCAAUUCAUAUUUUUGCACUUUUAUUAUGUCUAAUAGGAAUACUAUUAUUAUAUAUUUUUAAUAAAAAAAAUGAAUUAGUAAUAGAAAGAAAGUUAUCAGCUCGUUUUACUAUUAAAGACAAUAUUCGUACUGUCAAACUUAUAUUAGGUCCUCUAAUUAUUUCAAAUAUAACAGAAACAGUUGGGUGUAUUUUGUUAGAAAUUUCUAUAUUAUUUAUGCAGGAGUAUACUAUUUUAUUAUCAAAAUUAUAUUACUUGACAAUGGCUUUGCAACCAUUAUCAUGGUUACUUCAUAUUUUAAAAAAAAAUAAAGCAAAAAAUCUUAUUCAACCUACAAAAAAUAAUGUUAACAAACAAGAAAAAAAAGAAGAAGGAAAUCACUAUUUUAUAAAUUUACAAAAACAAUGGAAAGUGUAA